AUGGCUAAACUCAAACCCUGGAUCAGCAUCAGAUUUUGUGUUGGCAUAGUAACUCUGUUCUUUAUUUAUGUACAAGUUUCCAGACAAAACAAGCUGAAACACACAGAAAAACGUGAGCUGCUGACUUCUACAGAGAUUCCAGCUGAACACAUUGACCCUACUUCCAUAGAUCUUACUGCACUAGUCAACACACUCAUCAAUGCUUCACAACCAGACUCACAGAAUCUUUUCUCCAUACUGAGUGUGACAUCACACAGUUCCCUCUCUCUCCACAAACUCACGCUACUGGUCUACAACAUCUCAAACUUUCAGGACAUUGAGACCAGUUUGUUUUCCUCAAAAUACUGUUACUGUCUGACAAACAGUACCAAUGACCUCACAGAUUUCACAGCUGUUCUCUUUGAUGUGUUGGGAAAUUCUACUAGUUACCUGCAAGAGUUGUUUAAAUCUAACUCCAUCCUCUCUGUCAGUCAGAAGAACAGCUCUGACUGCAUCUACAUCUGUGUCAUGGCUGGAAAGACAGACAGUGAUCUCUCUCAGCUGUGGGACUUGGACUCAGUCACACCUCUGUUUAACCAAACCAUCACAGAAGAUAGAUCCAGAGCUAAUAUCACAUUUCCACUGGUCCCUUUUGUGUGGCACGACCUUCCAAACAACAGUGAACUGGUCCUAUGGCAUAAACCCAGUACAGAUUCUCAUUCGACCAUUGUAACAACCAGCAAUACAGAAUCAAAAACAACCGUGCCACACACUAGGGCUAUGGCAUCAUCAUCUUCUACUGCACCCAGUGUAGCUCCAUCAACCACGGCAACUGCUGAUAUUGUGCCAACCACUCCAACUGUUUCUAUGCCAACAUCUUCUUUAAUGACAACCACACUUACUAGUGAUCUCACAACAAACCUGGCAACUACUGUCGUGACCCAGACCAAAGCUGACACCAUAGCCACACUGCCUAAAACAUUGCCUGUGCAAAUCCUACAACCUGUUGUUACCACGGUAACAACACCCACCGUCGUUCCCAUGGCGACAGCAUCCCAUACUGUACCUCUGCCAAGUCAAAGAAGAACAACACCGACGAGCAACCUGCAAGUGUCUUACACAGAAAAGCCAGGAUGCCCAUGGAGAAAAGAGUUCAUUGAUAAAGAAGGUGAGAAUGCGGUCCUGACAGAGACCUACAAGGAGGAGCUGAGCUGGGCCACGGUGACCAUCAGCUCAGUGAAGCUUCAGCCUUGUGUGUUUGAGCUGUGCAAGUUUUACUCUCAGUGUGUGUGCAGAGGAUACAGCCAUAGAGCCACGGCAUCUCAGAGGUACUGUGUGGACAGCCAUCGCUGGUAUGAGAAACACACAGCAGAAGUCUGCAGUCGUGUGAGGAGAGUCACUUUUUCUAAAAAUCUGAAGCAGAAGUGUCUUUCAAGAAUGUGUGUGAAGAUGUGAGAAGAGAACCGGCAACAGACAUCUAAACCAUCUAAACUUAAUGUGUGAGCGUGUGUGUGUGUGUGUGUGUGUGAG